AUGGAGACAAAUCAGAAUGCAAAUGUUGAUGAAGAUGUCGAUUCAACUGCUAAUAACGCACCAGCUGAAUCAAGUUCUUUUAGCAUCUCAAACACUAAUUUAUAUACAAGUAGAACAGAAGAACUUUACGAUGAUGAUUCGUGCACACCAAUAGUAGAUGACAAUUUGAAACCAGUCAAGGGUACUAUAUUUAAGACUAUAGAAGAAGCUAUACAAAUGUACGAAAAGUAUGCCUAUGAAGCUGCAUUUGAUACCAAACUAUCACAACAAGGAAGGUUAAAAAGUGGUAAGGUUCAAACCAAGUACAUUUGGUGUAGUAAAUCUGGAAAUAGUCAAGAUGUUAGUAUGGAUACAUUAAAUUUAGAAGAAAGAGAACGUAGAUCAUCAAUAAUGGUUACAGGUUGCAAAGCUCAUGUUUUUUUCAAGAUUGUCGAACACAACAGAACAUAUGAGUUAACAGACUUUGUAGAGAAACACAAUCACAAGAUGAAUGCAGGAGAAUAUAGAUACCUUUCAAAGAAACAUAGAAAACUGGGCAUAUCCGAAAUAAAUUUUAUUCAGAAGGUUUCAACUUCUGACAUAGGACCAACUAGAGCUCAUCACAUCUAUAGUAACCUCGUAGGAUCUCAGAAAAACACUCAUGGAACAGUUGUCGAUUUUAAGAACCAUAAAAUGGCAAUAAACUGUUUAAUUGGUUCAGAUGACUCUCAAAUGCUAAUAAAUAAGAUGGAUAACCGAAAGGAUUGUGUUUCGGGUUUUUUUUUAAAUAUAAGGUACAAUAUGAUAUUCGUACCUUUUACAGCCAUAGACAACCACAAGAAGACAGUUUCUAUUGGAGCAGGAAUGAUAAUCAACGAAACAGCGGAAUCUUAUGAAUGGUUACUGAGGGCAUUCUUAGGUGCAUUUGUUGAACAACCUAGGAUGGUUGUGACUGACCAAGAUGUAUCAAUGAAGAAGGCAAUUGCAACAGUUUUCCCAGAUUCACGACAUAGACUGUGUAUGUGGCAUAUAACUCAAAAGCUAUCUUCAAAAGUUAGCAAAAGGAUUUUUGAAAACACUGAUUUCAAAAGAAAUUCAACCAAAUUAAUUGUUUGGGAUGUAUCAAUAAGUCCAGAAAGGUUUGAGAGGAAAUGGAAAGAGAUAAUGAAAGAGUUUAACUUGGAAGAUGAUGCAUGGUUUAAACACAUGUAUGAAAGUGAGAACUCUUUUUUUAACAAUUUCACAAACCCUUAUGCCACAUUGUUACAUUUUAUGAUGUCUUAUGAAUCUGCAAUGGAGAGGCAAGGAAAUAGAUUGGAAAUUUUAGAUCAUCAAUCACACAACAAGCAGCCAAGUAUUAUGAUUGCAUUGAAUUUUGAAAGGCAGGCUUCCAAGUUGUACACAUGGACAAUAUUUCUGUUGGUUCAAGAAGAGAUAAAACAGUGUCUUUAUAAUUGUUCUCAGAUAAGUGUUUCUAAUGAAGGAAGUAAUGAAGUAAUUAUUAUUAAAGAGAACAGAGAGAUCAACAAGAAACCAGAGAAAAAACCUCCAAGAAAUAAGAAAAGAAAAGAAUAUGAGGAUGAAGAUAUUGUUGAAGAUAUAGUAACUGUGCACGAAGAAGACCCCGAAGAUGGAAUUGAGGAAUCAACAAAAAAUGCAAAACGACAUACGGCUUCCACAUCUGGAACUACAGCUCUGAAAAGGAUAUACACAUUUAAGGUUUUACUCAACAAAGAUGAAGAUACUAUUAAAUGCAGUUGCUUAACUUUUGAACGUUAUGGAUUCUUAUGUCGGCACAUAUUUUGUAUGUUUAAAGCAAAUGAUAUUCAAGAAAUUCCAGAAAAAUACAUUCUUAGAAGGUGGAGAAAGGAUUUAGUACCGCCAGGAAUGCGUACAAGAAGAAAAAGGUUCGGUGAGUCGAGUGAAGAAUGUGACAAGCUUGCUAAUGAGUUGCAUUUCAUUGUAGAGAAUUGUGUCAGCAUAUUAUCAAAAGAUAUACCAAAACUUUCUGAUUUUGUUGAGAAAGUUAGAGAAUUGAAAGACAAGAUUGAAGAUAAUGUUUCAACUUCCAGAACAAAGAAAACAAAGGAAGUUAUUUUGGAUUUCCUAGGUGUUCAACAGCCUGAAACAAGGGAAGUUGAAAAUCCGGCAGUUGUAAGAUAUAAGGGGAGUCAUUCAGAUUCAAGGUUGAAAAGUUCGAAGGAAAUUGCAAUGGAAGAGUACGCCAAGCCAAAGAGAAAAUGUGCAAAUUGUGGCUUAAUGACGAAUCCUGACAAAAGAAACUGUGCAAAGAAGAAACUAGAAGAAGAAAAGGCUAAAGCGGUUGCAGAAACUCUUCAAAGAUUUAAAAAAAAAAUAUCAACGAAAGGCUCAUUCAAGAAAGUGGAAUGUGUUGGGUAUUCUGUUUUCACUUUGCAGUAA